UUGAAGCAUGCCUUGUGUCUCGUCAAUAAGCAGUUCAACGCAAUAUUCUCCGAGACUCUGUACGAAACCCUGUACUACAGAGGAAUACUCUACCAACCCACGUGGAAAGGAGUCUGGAAUCCAGAGAAUCUGCGUUACGUUAGGACACUGCACAUCAUCACCAGCUACCAUUGGCUCAAGCCCGGAGUUCACACCUCGGAUUGGUAUGGCAAUUACGAUUACGUCGACGAGGGAGACGCCCUUGACGACCACGGCGGAACCUUAUCAUCAGAUCUCCUGCAGCUCCUUCAAACCCGAGAUAGAAAGCUCGAGACGCUCGCCGUCCGGCUCAACGAAGUCCGGGGUCGCCUGGACACGCCAGACCCCUCUGAGAUCGGCUCAGAAGGAGACUGGGAGUUCGACGAAAACGAAGAGAUGAGACCCGCCAAAAUCCUCAUGACGGAUCCGUCCCUCCCGACCUUUCUGAUUGCCGAGUACGAGAAAUUCUCCGGCCUCCAGGCCCUACACCUAACGGAAAUCCCGGGAUCCAUUGAACGAUUCGCCCGGGCAGCAGCAAACAUCAUGGUCGCCUCUCCCGAGUUGACCGAGCUCAGUCUCUCCAUCUCGCGGUUUCCGUGGACCUAUGAGCGCUGGGGAUUCCCUCACAGCAGAGUUGGGUUCAUCCGAAAUCUAGCAGAAGUGUACGAGAAGCGUGGGGGGAAGCCACUUCGCAUUCGAUCGUUGAAGCUUGGACGACCGAUAUCUUUUCAACGAGGGCACUUUGAUCCCCCGGAAUAUCUCAGCAAAUUCAUGAAGCUUGAUGCGUUGGAAGAGCUUCAACUGUACAACUGGUCACCCGCGGUGCCCGGAAACGAAGCGGAAAGGGACGGAGGUCAUGCUCCGAUUGCAUGGGACGUGAUCUCUCCGAGAUUGACCCCCAACCUUCGUCUGCUGGAGUUUCACGAGUGGGAAAAGGAUUCGGCGAAGUGGAUGAACAAGCUUGAUCCCGAGUUUGCUGAGCAGCUUGAAAUACGAUGUAACGGCACGGAGGCUGAAGAUGAUGAAGAAGUGAAAAAAGCUGUGCCGUUCAUUGCGGGCGGCCCGCUGGGUCCUCGCAAGGUCAAGAAGAUCUUCCUGCCGAGUAUUAGCUCGAAGCUGUGGGACUUGUCCAAAUACAGGACCAACCCAGAGGAGGAGGAAGAGAUCGCCUGCGCCAGGAUGUUGAGCGGAUGUUCCUGGAUAACGACUUUGGGCUUCUCGGUCGGCCGAGCCGCUGUUCAUCUGCUGGACAAAAUUGUCGAAUGGCUGGGGAGGAUGGAGGGUCUUCAGCAGCUGACCAUCGUGCUUCACCCAGACACAGAGGUUUCAUCGGGCCUGGAACUAGAGAUUGCUGCGAAAUGUAGGGGUCUGCGGUUUGUUCGCCUAGGCGAAGUAUGUUGGUCCAUCAAAAGGUUGGCCGAGGGACCUUCACUUGAAGAGCUUGACGCAACCGAAGAGGAGUUGGUGGCGCCGUUUUUGAAGGAAGGCUAUCACAAGCGUUACCAGUACUGCCAAGACACGAUAAAUGGCCGCCAUUGA